UUUUUUUUUGUUUUUGUUUUAAAUACAUGGCCAAUGUCGACAAUACAAAACAAUUAGUACGGAUCCGACUAUGUGGAAAUAAACCUCUUAUUUUUAACGUCGAUGAUGUGAAGCGGUUACGUUGUGAUCUCCGAAUAGUAGGAUCAUUGGUGGGUUCCUUACCUCGAUUUCCACAGCAAAACUCUUUCUAUGGUCUCCCUGUUUUACUUCUUCCAGAAGAAGCAACGUUUGUACUUCAAAACGGUUGGGGAACGCUUAGUGAUAAUGAUACAACAGGAGAAAAGGACAAGACAUGGGUGAACGAAAAAAGUAUCAAGUAUCAAGUCUAUCGGUAUCUCUGGCAACAAGGAUUGUAUAUUACAAGUGGGGAAAAGUUUGGUGGGGACUAUCUAGCCUAUCCUGGUGAUCCAAUGCGGUUUCAUAGUCAUUAUAUCAUCAGUGUACAGCAGGAUGGACAGACGUGGUCAUUGAUGGACCUUGUGGCCAUGGGACGUUUGGCAACAAAUACCAAGAAGACCUUUGUAUUGGCAGGAUCAACUACGCAGGAUGUGGAAAAUACCGAUCAAGACAGAAACAACAAUAGCAAAACUACUCUUGAGGAUGAAGCACAGAUCACAUGUUUCUCGAUCACUUGGGCAGGAUUCUAGUAUAGGAUGGAUUCAAUACAACAAGUUCACUUGUUAGAUGGAUUUUUAGAAACAUACGGUAGAUACUCUAGCUUGAAUUCAUCAUGACUAUUUUUUUUUUUAUUUAUUACAUUAGAAAUAAACAAUAUCCUUGACUUUUUACUACUACGACAA